AUGACUUCUAGCGAUGAUGACGCCGCCAAGCCUGCCGCCGACGCUAACGCUGCACGCGACGAGGAAGCACGCGCAGCCGAGGCUGCCCGAGCUGCUGCUCUGGCCCGCACCGAGGAAGCUGAGCGGGAGGCCGCCUCCGCUCAGGCCGAUCUCGACGCCGCCGCCGCUCGUCUCCGUGCCACGCAAGAGCGCGCUGCUGCCGAACGUGCCGCGCCCGCGCCCUCCAAGGAAGAUGACGCCGACGCCUUCCACCAUGGCGAAGACGACAUCGACCUCCAGGCCGCUCUUCUCCAACAGGAGGCCGCCGUCCUCCUCAAUCUCCAUGCGCAAGCUGUCUCUGUCCAGAACAUCCGGACUCUCGUCCCGCUGCUCCUGGAUGUCAACUCCACCUUCUACGCCCGCUGGAAAGAGUCCUUCCUUGACGUCCUCGGAAAGUACUCGCUGGAACGCCAUGUUCUCUCCGACGCCGUUGCCCCUGCUUCUCCUUCCUGGGUGCGGAUGAAUUGUGUCGUCCGCACCUGGCUGCUCGGCGCCAUCUCUGACGAUCUCGCCGACUCUGUCUCCGAGCGCGGCGCCUCCGCUCGUGCGAUCUGGCUCGCCAUCGAGUCCCAAUUCCUUGGGAACCGUACCACCCGAGCUCUCUACGCCGACCAAGAGUUCCGGGCCUUUUCCCAAGGCGAUCUCUCCGUCGUCGACUACUGCCGCCGCUUCAAACGCAUGGCGGAAGAUCUUCGGGACCUCGGCCAACCGAUCUCCGAGGAGAUGCUCGUCCUCAACAUCAUCCGUGGGCUCAAUGAGCGCUUCAGCGCCCUUGGUCUUCAUCUUCGUCGCAGCACCCCGCUCCCUUCCUUCCUCCAGGUGCGCGACAACCUUCGUCUCGAGGAGCUGACCAUGGCCAAAGCUCCCCCCGCCGCUGCCCUCACCGCCCUCUCCGGCUCCAACACCGGCGACUCUGGCGGAUCCAAGCCACCCACCCCGGCGCUGCCUCGACCACCCCAGCAGCAGGACUCCGCCCCGAAGACGCCACAGCAGUCGGCGUCCAACUCCGGGGGCGGCGGCUUCUAG